AUGGCCACUUUGAACGACCCCAUCGAGACUCGGCUGUUCAUUAACGGCGAGUUCCGGUCAUCGUCUGCUAGUAAAACGUUCGGGGUUGUGUGUCCAUACACCAAAGAGAUAGUUGCUCAAGGCAUGUUCGAAGAAGCAGAUAGUAAAGACGUCAAUGAUGCCGUUGCUGCUGCCCACGCAGCCUCUCCAGCCUGGCGAGACCUAGGCACCGACAAGCGUGGCGGAUACAUGCGCAGAUUAUCCCAGCUCAUACUGGAAUCGAACAACGAGCUGGCAAAGCUUGAGACACUCUCUACCGGCCGACCAAUUUCACAGUUCUUCGAUGCUGGUAUAGCAGCCGAGUAUUUCGCCCACUUCGCUGGUGCUGGUUGGAGCGCGCAGGGAACGGCUAGUCUCAACACGCCGGACCACCUUAACUUGACUGUCAAGCAGCCAUACGGCGUAGUAGCGCUUAUUAUCCCAUGGAACUUUCCGCUCAUCAUGUUUGCCGGGAAGAUGGCACCAGCGUUGGCAGCGGGCAACACAGUUGUGCUGAAAAGCAGCGAGAAGGCGCCCUUGACGUCCCUCUAUGUAGCAAAAUUAAUUGAGAAAGCGGGAUUCCCACCCGGAGUUGUCAAUAUCAUCUCUGGCUUCGGUGACCCUGCUGGUGCGGCGCUGGCUUCGCACAUGACCGUGCGCUGUAUCAGUUUCACCGGCUCCUCCGCAACAGGCCAGAAGAUCCAAACAGCUGCUGCAAAGUCGAAUUUGAAGCACGUACACAUGGAGCUGGGCGGGAAAUCUCCGGCCAUAAUCUUUGAAGACGCGGAUCUGGAGGAUGCCGCUGCGCAGACUCAAUUCAGUAUUCGGUUCAACAGCGGACAAGUGUGCUCAGCAAACUCUCGGAUUUAUGUGCAUGAAUCGGUAGCUGAACAGUUCAUCAGCAUGUUUCGUGUGAAUUUCACUGCUGUUCGCUUGGGUGAUCCCCUCGACCCUGCUACCUCGCAUGGUCCGCAGAUCGAUGUACUACAGUACCACCGGAUCAAGGAGUACCUUGCUAUAGGGGAAAAGGAUGGCACACUCACUCUAGGCGGGGAUGCAAAUAACGGGUUCUUCGUGCGACCGACUAUCUUCGAGGGCGUUGCCGAAGACUCUCGGCUGAUGCGCGAGGAGGUCUUUGGUCCUGUUGUUGUGAUCAACACCUUUUCCACCGAAGCUGAAGCAAUCGAGAAAGCGAAUAACUCGGAUUUCGGCUUGUUUGCUGCUGUUUUCACGAAGGCCCUUGAUCGUGCCAUUCGUCUGGCCAAGGCGUUGGAUGCGGGCACUGUCGGGGUGAACUGCACCAGCCCUGCUAAUGCGAAAGACGCCUCCUAUGGUGGCAUGAAGAUGAGCGGGAAUGGCCGAGAGGGGCUCCUUUGUAGUCUCGACAGCUUUCUCGAGACCAAAAGUAUCCUGAUCAAGACAGCACGUCUGUGA